AUGAGGGGCCGGGGUCACAGGUCUGUGGAUGUAGAGGAGCUGCUUCGGCAGUCUCAGGCCGAGUUGCUAUGGAUACAGAGACAGCUGUCCAUCAUCUCGGCGAGGAAUGCUCGUCACACGCGGGCAAAAGACAGGCAGACACACAGACACACACACAGCACAGACGUGUCGUCACUGCCAGGCUAUUUGCCACUCCUGCCAGCCGGUAAGAGUCGUCCUGGGAAACGGUCGUCCAGGGAAACGAGCGAAGCAGCUUGCGAGCUGAGGCACGAAGGGGCCCCGCAGCACGUCUCCACCCUCUCCCCCCAGAAUGUGAAUCUCUGCCAGCUACUGGAGGACAGGAACCAGGACCUUAAGCGGGAGCUGGCCACCCUCAAGCAGGAGAAGCAGCGCUACAAGUCCCUGGAGACCGAGGUCAGAGAAAGAAGGGCCAAGUGCCGGGCGUUAGAGAAGGAGGUGAAGAGUACAUGCCUUUCAUGUCAGACUUUGAAGAGCGAGCUGCACGAUGCCUUGCAGGAGAGGAACCGUCUCAAUCUGCAGUUGCUCAGUCACAGCCUGAAGGCUGCGCAGUAUGAACAGGUGAAGUCAGACUAUGAGCAGCUCCGAGAGACCUUUGGUACUGUGAGUCAGGAGCGAGACUUGGCACGCCACGAGAAGAACCAGCUCCAAGGCCAACUUGAGAACCUUGAGCAGGUCCUGAAGCAUAUGCGAGAAGCUGCUGACCGGACGCAGCAGUUGGAGGCGGAGCAUGAUCAGGCCCUGGCUGUCCUCAGCACCAAGCAGCAGGAGAUUCACCUUCUGCAGAAGGCUCAGGUUGAAGCCGAGAAGGAACACGAGGGAGCGGUUCAUGUGCUAGAGAACCAUUGGGACAGAAUGCAGGUCAAAGUUCGCAACCUGGAACAGAAAUGCAGGACUCAAAGUGAGCAGUUCACCCUUCUGUCCAAAGAGCUUCAUAAGUUCCGAGUUGAGGCUGACACUGUGGACAUCCUGAGCACUGACCCCUCUCCUGUGUCAAAGGCUGCCCAUCUCCCAGAGAAAAACCUCUCGCUCACUGUCAACGGUCGACUCUCUCAGCCUGGGAAAGGCAAUGAGAGACCUGCGGGCAGUCCGCUGAAAGCCGAGACCCCUCACCCCCUGCCCGCCACUGCCCGACACAAGCCCGAGUCGUUGUCUGUAAAGCCCAUCAUCCUGACCAGGAGUAGGCCCACCAGCCCGCAGCGGGCAGGUCCCUCAGAGAUGGAGGAUGAGGUGAGUCCAUCUCCCAGGUCCAAACCACGCUACACAGGACAAGUCCGUCUCUGCACUGCCCGCUAUAGCUAUAACCCUUAUGAUGGACCUAACGAGCAUCCAGAGGCAGAGCUCCCCCUGGUGGCUGGGAAGUACCUGUAUGUCUAUGGGACCAUGGAUGACGACGGCUUCUAUGAAGGAGAGCUGCUGGACGGACAGCGCGGCCUCGUCCCCUCCAACUUCGUGGAGUUCAUCCAGGACAAGGAGAAGCCGCCGGCCGAAGGCGGUGACGACCUGGGCCCUCUGGAGCGCAGCUGCCUGGGCCUUGGCUCGGGCGACGGGGCCGGGGGCCUGGGGGGGCCCUUGGACAGCCUGGGCAUGGGUGACCCGCUGGGGCCCUGCAGCAACGGCACGGGGGGCCCGCAGGAAGGGGACGAGCUGUCCGACAACGUGGUGCCUUACCCGCGGCGGAUCACGCUGAUCAAGCAGCUGGCGCGCAGCGUGAUCGUGGCCUGGGAGCCGCCGCUGGUGCCGCUGGGCUGGGGCUCGGGCGCGGCGGGCACGGGCCCCGGCGGAGGCCCCGUCAGCGGCUACAGCGUGCUGGUGGACGGCGAGCCGCGCUCCAGCGUGCCGUUCGGCGGCCGCACCAAGCUGCUGCUGGAGAAGCUGGACCUGGCGGCCGCCACCUACCGCGUGUCCGUCCAGAGCCUGACGGAGCGCGGGCCCUCGGACGAGCUGCGCUGCUCGGUGCUGGUGGGCUGCGGCGUGACGGUGGCGCCGUGCGGCCUGCGCGUCGACAACAUCCUGCUGGACUCGGCCGAGCUCUCGUGGCUGCCCAGCAACAGCAACUACGCGCACGCCAUCUUCCUGGACGGCGUGGAGCUGGCGGUGGUGCGGCCCUGCUGCUACCGCUACCGCUUCACCGGCCUCAAGGCCACCACCGUGUACAAGGUGCGCGUGGUGGCCAAGCCCCACCAGAUGCCCUGGCAACUGCCCCUGGAGCAGCGGGAGAAGAAGGAGGUGGGGGUGGAGUUCUGCACCCAGGCGGCCGUUCAGACAUGUCAAGGUCCUCCACUACCUCCGCAAGAGGUUCAGGUGCAGUGUGGUCCAGGUCCUGGAAUCCUACAGGUCUCUUGGAAGCCCCCACUACUCACGCCUAUGGGGACCUCCAAUGGGGCCAGUGUCAUUGGAUACGCUGUGUGUACCAAGGGCCAGAAGGUUGCUGAGGUGAUGUUUCCAAUGGCGGACUACGUGACAGUGGAGGUGAACCGAAUCCAGUGUCUGGAGGCGCGCGAGGUCGUCGUCCGAACCCUGUCAGCACAAGGAGAGUCGCAAGACUCGCCCGUCGCAACCAUUCCAAACAACCUGCUGGUGCCUCCGCCUGGUGCGCCCCACCCCCACCCGCACCCCCACCCCCACGCACCUCCGCCCCACCUCCAGUCCCCGCUACGCCCUCAGCCUCAGCCCCAGCCCAUGCCCCCGCACCCGGGCCCCCAGCAGCCACAGCCUCGGAUGCAACCGCAGCCUCCGAUGCAACCGCACCCUCAACCCCACGUUCCGCCCCACGUUCCGCCCCACGUUCCACCCCACGCUCCGCCACCCCACGCGGUCCCCCAGCCCGCGCCCAGCCACUUCCAGCCCCUGCCGCAGCAGCCUCCCCGACACCUGCCCCCGCACCCUCCGCACCCUCACCCGCAGCCUCCGCCGCACCUCCACCCGCUGCCCCCUCACCCGGGCCCCCAGCCCCAGCCCCACAUCCCCAUGCCCCAGCCGCACAUCCCGCAGCUGGCCCACCCGGCCCCGGGGCAUCCGCAGAGACCACUAAGUGCCAGAGAGCUGGAAACCAAAGAGCCCGGCGGGCUGCCCGCGGGGGGGCCUCCACCUGGCGCCGGGCACCACCACGGCCCCCCAGGCGCCCAGCAGCCGUGGGAGCAGCAGCCCCUGCGCUCGCCCUCGGGCGGCCCCAUGCCCCGCGGGCCCGCACACGGACACAUGCUGGAGGCGCCGGCCCACCCCAACCGCCGCUCGCCCUCGCCGCAGAGGAUCCUGCCGCAGCCGCGCGGCACACUCAUCCCCGACACGGUGGCCAAGGCCAUCGCCAGAGAGGCGGCGCAGAGGGUGGCGGCCGAGAGUGGACGGAUUGAGAGGAGGAGCCAGCCUUUCCACCAGCAGGGCUCAGAUGAAGAGGAGGAUGAGGAAGGCUACGGCCAGGGCCGGCGUAGAGGAGCAUCUGUGGACGACUUCCUCCGUGGCUCUGAGCUGGGCAGACAGCCUCAGUACAGUCAGAGUGAAGAGUACCAUACUGAAAGCAGCCGUGGCUCUGACCUGUCUGACAUCAUGGAGGAGGAUGAGGAGGAGCUCUACUCCGAGAUGCAGCUGGAGGAAGGUCGCAGGCGCAACUCUCACAACACACUGAAGGUCUCUCCCUCGUCUGGGCGUCUGGAGCGCGGCGACAAUCGACGGCAGGCUCACGGCGGACCUCAACCCCAGCGCCGGCCUCUCAUGGUCCCCUCAAUUGAUGGGUACAGGGACCGAGGUCGACGGUCACCUCCCUACUACGACGAGUCGGAACCCGAGGACCAGUGUCGAAUCUUUGUGGCCCUCUUCGACUACGAUCCCUUGUCCAUGUCCCCAAACCCAGACGCGGCUGAGGAGGAGCUGCCAUUCAAAGAGGGCCAGAUCAUCCGGGUGUACGGCGAUAAAGACACGGACGGCUUUUAUCGGGGUGAAAUGCGCGAUCGUUCUGGCCUGAUUCCCUGCAACAUGGUCUCGGAGAUCCGUGCGGAAGAUGAAGAAACCAGAGAACAGCUCCUCAAACAGGGCUUUCUGUCGCUGAACACACCUGUGGACAAAAUAGAGCAGAACAGGAGAGGAGGGAGGCAUGCGGUGGCCUCCAGGAGGAUGGUGGCUCUGUACGACUACGACCCCAGAGAGAGCUCCCCAAACGUGGAUGUGGAGGCUGAGCUGACGUUCUGCGCUGGCGACAUCAUCGCUGUGUUUGGGGAGAUUGAUGAAGAUGGAUUUUAUUAUGGUGAGAUCAACGGCCACCGGGGCCUGGUCCCCUCCAACUUUCUCGAAGAAGUGCCUGACGACGUGGAGGUCUACCUGACGGACACGCCCCCUCGCGGCGGGCAGCCGGCCGAGCUGGAGGCGGAAGUGGCGCCAGUGCCGCCGCCGCAGGCCGAGGCCAAACGGGUACCCGUGGAAACGGCCCCCUCACCUGGACGCCCCGCUUCCCCCAUCGUGCGCCCGCAGCUUGCCCCCAUCCCCAUGAGGCCCCUGAGCCCCAUACGCGGGCCCCAGGACCUGGCCUCCAAAAAGAAAAAAGGACUGCUCUCGAAAGGGAAGAAGUUGCUGAAAAAGUUCUCCGCUGCGAAAUAGAUUUUGUUUCUCGUCAUCCUCCACGCCAAGUUCAUAAAUCACGCUGGUACUGACCGCGGAGCAGGAUGAGGAUGAGCUAAAGGGCGCGCUUGCCAAUGUUUUUUGGAAUCGGCGUCAAAAAAAAAAAGAAAAAAAGAAAGAUCUUGUUACCACGUAGUGCCGAUUGUGUGAUUGAAACGGGUCAGUUAGUUCCUCAAAAGUUCAUUGCUUUCAAUCAGAAUGUGUUGACGGGGAGAUAGCAAUGACACGUCGUCCAUUGAUUCAGUCUUUUGGUUGAUGCAGUAAAUACUGAGAAGGGUUCAGUGCCAAGAUGUGCGUGGAUAUUUACAAUAUCUUGGUUUUAAACUGCAGGGAUCUUUAUGAUUUGUGACAAGGGCAGAUGUGCAACAUAUAUACAGUGCACACACACACAUACACACACUCGUGUGUUCAUGGUGAGUGACAGGGCGGUGUGAGCUGAUAUUGUGUAUCAGGGUAUGGUAAGAUCCAUGCUAACAAAUCUACGCCAA